GUAUGCAUUCUUUUAUUAUUUUGAUCUCCGGUGAAAAAUACUUUCUCCGUCCCGUUCAGUUGACAUCGGACCGUCUUGGGUCAUACUGCUCAUUAUUGAUCCGGCAACGGGACGAGAACUACCGUCUACUCACCUAGAAGCUCCACUUGUUUGUUUUCCUAAUAACAGAUUUUGCUUAUAUUUUAAAUUUUAUUUCAAAACAAAGUAUGGAAAUGUGGACUCAGUCGUACUGGCCCACCGCGUACGACUAUCACCACUACGACAUUUACGAUAAAAUGCAUCAUUACCGACAAGCAGCUUACCAGCAGUAUCCCGUGUACCGAGUUCCUCCCGUCUUCCACACCGCAAAGUCCAUCCCUCUCGACCAACUUUCCACAAAGUCCGUGGAACGAACUCUACCACCGCACCACGAGGCAGAGCUCCCCCAAUUGGAUGGAAGUUUCGACCGGGGCAGGUGUCAGGUUUCACCGGUCGAUUCGGACUCGGUCGGACGGAAUGAAAGCACGAGAGAACGGUGUAGCUCACCUGGCGAUAGGGGAAAGGAGGACGGGGGCUCGAGGCGAGAUUCGACCCCGGACAGCACGGCUAGCGACCCGGCUGAUUCUCGGUCGUUCUGCAGAGUGCUGACUUUCCAAGAUCAAAAUGGUCAGCCCCGCGAGAUGGUCUUCCCCAAGGCGCUCGAUCUGGAUCGGCCCAAGAGAGCGCGUACGAGUUUCACGUCUUAUCAGCUAGAGCGGCUGGAGCAGGAGUUCAAGUGUAACCAGUACAUGGUGGGGAGGGAUCGAGCUCGCCUGGCAACCAACCUCGAUCUCACGGAAACUCAGGUUAAAGUGUGGUUCCAGAACCGCCGGACCAAGCACAAGCGAGAGCAGUGCAGGGCAGCGGAGUUCCAAGAAAAGAACGCCGAGAGCAUAGCCGCCUGCAACAUCCUCAGGUUCCUGCAGAGCAAGCAAGGCGAUGCAGCAAUAGCGCCCUCAGUCGGACCCAUCAGUCCAACUCAGAACCGUCUGAUGACGUCGUGGUGACGUAGGGAUGGACAGUUCAGGACAGAUGAUGGAUAAACUGGAGCGUUAAUAAACGAAAAGCAAGGACUCUUGUAAAUAAAAGGACUUGUAUAAAAUAUAAAUUGUCAUUAAGGUUGAGGGGUGUACCGGGUAGUGUUUCGAUCGACUCUAAAGACGAAGGGGGUAAAAAGCUGUCUUACAAAAAAAAAAAUCAAUUUCAAUACCAUUUAUUUCCAUCCAAAGUAAAGUAAAAGCACCAUGAGAACAAAAGUAGUCAUAUUAAGAUGAAGGCAUUAUUUAAAACGUGAAGCCGAUGCUUCUAGGGACAUGCCUACACUUCAAUGAAAAACUGUAAAAAAAAAUGAAUUUCAGAUGAAUUUAAAGAAAAACAGACAAACCAACAGACAAGUUCAAAUGAAACGCAAACAAAUAACCAAGGACGGACUGACGAACAAACAGACAACAGGUGUCAAAGAUUUACAUAAUAAUGAGACUUAAUAAAUACUAGGAGGAAAUAGGGAGCAAACUAGCUGGUCGGAACGGAGAAAGAGAAAGAUAGGAUGCCGGUGAGGCACAAGAUGGUUACUCAACUGAUUUUGAAUCAAUUGAUUUUUGUUGAAAUUGCUAUUUAUUGAUACAUGUAUAUUGUUUUGUUUCGAUAGUAAUUAAGCCCUGCUUGGUUCGGUCAUCUAACACAAAGGAAUGUCAACUGUUCGAGUAAAUAUUCACUCCUUAUCGGGAGUUUCAUCAAUGAAUGUGUAAUAAUCCGUCUUUUUUUUUGUAUAUAUAAUUUUAAAAAUCUUUUGUGAAAAGUGAAUAAAGUUAUUGAAUACAGAC